UGUUUUCCGUCUCUUUUAUUUAGGGUGGAAAGUGGAAACAGACAUCGGGGGGUCCCGUUAUGGAACAGGUGGCAAAUUGUAAGGCGUCGUCCACUGUGGAUUCGUACCCGGAAAAAGGGAGGUCUUCUCCGGUCAAAAUCUGGACUUCAGACUGGAAGCAGUAGAAAAGACCGAAACCAGUAAAAAGGAAAGCGAAGCGCUUUACACCUCGAAUCCAUGUGUAAGAACCAAGAAUAAAUUUUGAGGAGUCUUCUACUCUUCUUUGCUUUAGCAGCCCUUUUGCCUCCACUGCUUCUCGUUCACAGAGAAACCUCAAUUCGGAGAAUCUCUAGGGUUUCCGUCUGUGAAAAUGGAAACGGAGGAUGGAAGUCACGUCUCGAAACCAGUCGCAGUGAUCGCCUGCACGGCCAUGGCGAUUUUCUACGUCGCGGUUCUCUACGCUCCAACGUUGAUCCUUCGCUUCCCUCCUCCUACUUCGUUGAAUAACUUCAUGAUCCGGAGGUUUGUUUGCGCCAUCGUCUCUUCAAUAGUGUCGGUCAUCGUUUGUGCACUCCUCCUUCCUAUGAUUAGUUUGGAGGCAUCGUCCAUUUUUGGUGUUUAUGGCAUUCGCGUGGAUCAUAUGUGGCAUGCUGUGGUUUUUCCUCUUUCCUUGACUUCUCUUCCAUACAUUGGAUCUUUGGUUUCAAAGUCAAUCUCAGUGGUAAAUUCAUGGAAAGAACAUAAAGUUCAUGGUGAAGACUAUUGGCUCAAAUGUACACAAAAUGCUUCUGAAAUGUUUCUUGAAUGGAUUACCUCCAUUGCAACCAAUGUCUUGGCCUGGCGUAAUUACUUUGUGGCACCAUUUACAGAAGAGUUGGUCUUCAGGGCAUGUAUUAUACCUUUACUACUUUGUGGGGGAUUCAAAAUCUACAACAUUAUAUUUCUCAGUCCCAUUUUCUUCAGCUUGGCACACUUAAACCAUUUUCUAGAGCUUUAUUGUCAGCAAAAUUAUAGCUUUGGCAAGGCGUCCCUGAUUGUAGGUUUCCAGCUUGGUUACACAGUGAUCUUUGGGGUUUACGCAUCUUUUCUCUUCAUUCGAACAGGGCAUAUUAUUGCUCCAAUAGUAGCUCAUAUAUUCUGUAAUGUGAUGGGAUUUCCUGUAUUGUCUUCACGGAGAAAAGAACGGAAUGGCGAAACAGGAUUCAUGCAGCCGACCUCAUACAGUUGGGGGUUGGCCAUUGUUGCAUUUUUGGUGGGGAUUGGAAGUUUCCUGUGGUUUCUUUUUCCGGCCACCAGUCCAGAUUUGUAUAAUGACAGAACCGAUAAUUGCAGGUGCUGGCAUGGGUACUGUAGGUGGAAUUGAGACUAUGCACUGUACGGUUGAAAUGAAUUGUUUAAUGAAAAAUUCAAUAGAUCUUAUCGCAUGUGCAAGUGCAACUA